AUGAGCCCGUUCCGGACGAAAAAGGACAUCGAGAAGGAGACAUUUGCGAUUGAGGACGAGGCGCCGCGCGUGCGCGUCGAGGAUGACAGCAGCUCGUACGACUCGAGCCAGUUCGCUGAACUGGCCGCGAAGGAGGAGGGACACGAUAUCAAGUUCCGCACUUUGACGUGGAAGAAGGCGACGCUACUGCUGUUCGGCGAGUAUGUGUGUCUUGCCAUCCUGGCCUUGCCGUGGUGUCUCUCGGUUCUGGGAUGGGCUUGCGGUCUCAUUGUGCUCGUGGCCCUGGGAUUCUUCUGCUGGUACACGUCCUACACACUUUGGCAGUGGUGCAUGCGCCACCCCGAGUCGACGGACAUGGUGGACAUUGCUGCAACGCUGUUCCCCCGCUUCCCCUGGCUUGCACGCGAGCUGACAGGCUUCUUUCUGCUCGUGAACAACGUGAUGCUCAUCGGCUUCCACGUCUUCACUGGUGCUAAGAUCCUGAACACGCUCUCCGAACACAGCAUGUGCACCGUGGCCUUCCAGGGUUUCAGCGCAAUCAUGGGCAUCGUGUUCUCGCUCCCGCGCACGCUAAAGGAUGUGUCGAAGAUGGGUGUCUUCAGCGCCAUCUCCAUGGGCAUUGCGAUCCUCCUCGCCCUCAUCUUCUCGGGUAUCGAGGACCACCCUCUCGGAGGUUAUGGAGGAAAGUGGCCAGAGCUCGGGCCAGUACGCACGAGUGGCGGAUUCCCGACUCCGAAGCCUGACUUCGUGGGCGGACUCAACGCGGUUCUCAACAUGGCCUUCCUCUGGAACGGCCAAAUCCUGUAUCCCUCCUUCAUUGCGGAGAUGAAGGAGCCCAAGGACUUCCCCAAGGCGCUGGCGGCUCUGACCGCGCUCGAGAUGGGGCUCUUCGUCGUCGUUUCUGUCGUCGGUUACUACUACCUCGGACAGUACGCGCAGGCGCCCAUGAUGGGCUCGUUCGUGAACCCCAGCUAUCGCAAAGCUGCCUUUGCCUUCGUGCUCCCGCCCACAAUUAUCAUCGGCGGAAUCUACUCGAACGUGACGUCGAAGUACCUGUACCGACGGAUUCUCGGCAACUCCCGCCACGCCCACUCCAACACAGUGCUCGGCUGGGGCACCUGGCUCUCCAUCGUCUUCCUCAUUUGGACUGUGGCCUUCGUACUCGGAAACGUCAUUCCCUCGAUGGGGGACUUCCUGUCCAUUAUCUCGAGCUCGUGUACGAGUUGGUUCGGAUUCAUGUUCUGGGCCGUCGCCUACUACAGGAUGAACAAGAAGCGUCUCUUCAAGGGGCCCCUCAAGUGCUUUACGACGUUCCUGAACGUUCUCAUCUUCGGGUUCGGCCUGUUCAUGCUGGGAGCAGGGCUGUACACGAGUAUUGAGGCGAUCAUUCUCGACUAUCAAGGACCCGUGAGGGGAACUUUCUCGUGCGCGGACAACCAGUGA